AUGAUAUUAAAGGUUUAAAAUUUAUUUUUUUUUUAGGAGUUUGAAGGUGAAAGAUUGUUUUGGUAUAGAUUUCUGAAGACCAAAUUCUUAAUUAUUAUUAGUAAUAAUAAUACAGAAAUCAAGUAUGUUACUGAGGAUGGAUAAAUAUUGAGAAUGUAAUAUAAAUUAUUUAAAUUUAGUGAUUACAAUAAAGACCCAUAAGAGACUCCACAUAUCUUAAAUAAUUUAGAAUAAAUCAAACAUCUUUAAUGGGUUGGAGAGUAUGGAAAGAAUCUUAAAAAAGUUGGAGAUUGGAUAGCCAUUUGGAAAGGUCAACAAUUAAAGAAUGUAGGGGGUAAGUACUCAGAGGAAGGAAAAAAAAUAGGGUUUUGGGUAGAAUUAACAAGUAAUUAUAUGGAGUAAGAUUUAAUUUAAAUAAUAAUAAUUUAUAGAUAAUCAUUAGUAUAUGAAGCUGGAGAGUAUGUUGAUGAUUAAAGGAGAGGAAAAUGGAAAUAUUUAUUUAAGGAUUAUGAAAUGUAUGAAUUUUUUACAUUUUCUUGUGUAGAGGGGGUGGAAAUUAUAAUAAAAAAGGAAUAAAAAACGAAAAUUGGAUUGAGUUAAGUAAAUCUUUUUAAAGGUAAAUUUGAUAAAUAUAAAAAUAAAUAAGUGAUAAAUAAGUCACUUAUAAUGGAAAAUAUAGAAAUGGUAAAAAAAUUGGUAUAUGGGUUGAAUGUUUGAGGAUGAAUGGGUAUUAAUCCUUUUAAGUGAUGUAUGGAUUAGAAAUAAUUAUUAUUUAGAGGAGGAGGGUAUUAUGAUAACGAGGGUAAAGAGCUAAAAAUUGGUAGUUGGGUAGAAUUAAUUGAUUUUGGAAUGUAAAUGAAUGAUUAUAAAUUAAUGCAUUAGAAAUAAGCAAGUCACAUUUAAUGGAUAAUAUAAUAAUGGUUAUAAAAUAGGUAGAUGGAAUAUAUUGAGUAGUGAUUAUUCUUAUGAUUAAACUAAAAAAAUGUAAUAUAUAUUAUCUAUUCUAAUUUUAGUGGUGGUGGAUGUUAUAAUGAAAGAGGAUUGAAAAAUGGAAAAUGGGUUGAAUUUGAUGAUCAUUCUGCUAGGUAUAAAAUCAUUAACCACUAUUUAAACAGUGAAAGUUAUAUCACUUAUUGUGGUGAAUAUAAAAAUGGAUAAAAAGUUGGAUUAUGGAAUUUAUAUUGGAAUAAUGAUAUUUAUACUUAUUAAUUAAGUGGAGGUGGAUGUUAUGAAAUAAAGAAAGGAGGACUUAAGAAUGGAAAAUGGAUUGAAUCAAGUGAUAAUUUUGAAAAGUAAGAGAUUCAUAAUUAAAUUUAAUUUAGAUUUCGAUAAAUCAUUUAUAAUGGUGUUUACAAAGAUGGUAAAAAAAUGGGUAAAUGGGAUAUCUUUUGGAGAGAAUCAAAAGAAAAUGAUUUUCUUUUGAUGUAAAAUUAUUAACCAUUGAAUAUUAGAGGUGGUGGAUCUUAUAAUGAAAUAGAAUUUGGAAAGAAGGAAGGAAAAUGGAAAGAGUUGAGUGUAACUUUUUCAAAGUAUAAUGAUUUAAUCUUAUUAUUCAGACAAAGUUAAAUUAUUUUUGAUGGCUAAUAUAAAAAUAAUUAAAAAAUUGGUAGAUGGAAUACAUAUUUUAGCAGAAAUGAGGAACAGUUUAACUAGAUGUAAUCUAUGUUAUUUAUUAGUGUAAGUGGUGGUGGAGAUUAUAACUAUGAAAAUGGAUUAAAAUAGGGAAAAUGGGUUGAUUUAUUUGAUAAUUUUAGAGAGUAAAGAAAUAUUUUAUCAGUUAGAGAUAGUUAAGUAACUUAUAAUGGAGAAUAUAAAAAUGGAUAAAGAGUAGGAAGAUGGGAUAUCUAUUAUCGAGAGACUUUAGGUGAAAAUUUUGAAUGGAUGUAAAAAAUUAUUAAAUAACUUAAAAAAAAGAGGUGGAGGCUCAUAUGACCUAAAAGAAGGAGGCAUUAAAAAAGGAAAAUGGAUUGAAUUGAGUGAUACUUUUUAGGAGUAUUUGAUUGUAAUAAUAUUUAGUUGGAGUUUGUUAAUAUAUCAAGGUGAGUAUUAAAAUGGGAGAAAAGUUGGAAAGUGGGAGGAGAAAAAGAGAGAUUUUUAUGCAUUUAGUAAAAGAUUUCUCAAAACGUAUUAUUAAUUUAAAAUACUUUAGAAAGGAAAACGUUUAUGAAUAUUGA